GCACUGUAACAUUUAAUGGCUGACGCAGAAAGCAAUGGAGACAGCCUAUCCAGAAAAUGACAUGUCUCUGAGCCCUUGGCUUUAACACAUGCACCUUCACAUUUCUGUGACUUUUUACAAAAUUUGACUACUUUUAUCCAAACAUGUUACGGACAUUGUGUCGGGCCGGCGGUGCCGUUUUUAAGAACUCUCAGCAGACUGUGCCCAGGCUGUGGGUGACUCCAGCACAACAACGAUGGGCCUCCCGCUUACCCAUGAACACCGUGGUCCUGUUUGUGCCCCAGCAGGAGGCCUGGGUGGUCGAGAGGAUGGGUCGCUUUCACCGGAUCUUAGAGCCAGGACUGAACGUCCUCAUUCCCAUGCUUGACCAAAUUCGUUAUGUACAAAGCCUUAAAGAGAUUGUUAUUGACGUUCCUGAACAGUCAGCUGUUUCCCUAGAUAACGUGACUCUGCAAAUCGACGGAGUCCUUUUUUUGAGAAUCUUAGAUCCUUUUAAGGCUAGUUAUGGUGUAGAGGAUCCAGAAUAUGCUGUGACUCAGCUUGCACAAACCACAAUGCGUUCAGAACUGGGCAAACUCACGCUGGAUAAAGUAUUCAGGGAAAGGGAGUCCCUUAAUUCCAACAUCGUCCACUCCAUCAACCAGGCGUCAGACGAGUGGGGAAUCCGCUGCCUGCGUUAUGAAAUCAAAGAUAUACAGGUUCCACCUCGUGUUAAAGAGUCUAUGCAGAUGCAGGUGGAGGCUGAGCGCAGGAAGAGAGCCACAGUGCUGGAGUCUGAGGGGACACGGGAAGCGGGCAUCAACAUCGCAGAGGGUCACAAGCAAGCCCAAAUCCUCGCUUCAGAGGGAGAGAAGGCUGAGCUGAUCAACAAAGCAGCCGGUGAGGCCCAAGCUGUGUUAGCCAAAGCUGAAGCCAAAUCCAAGGCUAUUCGUCUGCUGUCAGAUGCCCUGGCUGAACAGAACGGAAAUGCUGCCGCCUCGCUGAGUGUUGCCGAACAGUACGUCUCUGCUUUCUCCAACCUCGCCAAAGAGUCCAACACUGUGCUCCUGCCCUCCAACACUGGUGACAUUAGUGGAAUGGUCACGCAGGCCAUGACCAUUUACAGCACGCUGGCCAAACAGAGGCCAAAAGUUGAGAGAAUGAAGACCAAGACAGAUGAACCAAGUGAAGAGCCUCCAGUCCAGUCAACAGCAGCUCAAUAGCUGUGGAUGCCAUGACUGCUCUAAAACUGUAGCGGACACAGAAAAAAAAAAAACGGAGGAAGAGGUUUUUCCACAAUUGUGGAGUACAAUGGCACUGCUGUGUGGACUCCCUCAGUGUCUGGUGCAAAGGGCACUCUAUCUACCGCCAGGGCACAGGAUGUCAUGACGGAGGAACGGCACUGGAUAAACCGAGACGAAGCCGAGCGAGGACGGCUGGGAAACGAGAAACUGAGCCAUGAAUUAUAUUACUUGUGUUGGUGUUUGCCUCGUCGCCUUUAAAUGGACGUUUGCUGGCUGUGAUAUUAUUUGUUUAAAAUAUAAUUGAAUAUAUUUUCGAAAGCAGUUGGUUCUUAAAUUUUGUUUUUUUUUCAUUGAGAAAUUAAGUAAGCGUUGUUCGGGAUAUAGUUCAAAACCUGAAAUCGCUUGGUUAAGUACCUUCAGAGCCUGUAGUUUUAGGGUGAUACAGUAUAAAAUAAAUAAAAUAUCAAAAU